GUUUAAACCGGACGCGCUUGCAUCACUUGGACGUGAGACACCUCUAGAGGUAUACGGUAACCUCUCUCGUCCAAGGGAUGUAGCGCGUCAACAACAAACUAACAACAACAACAAACUUUCAUUAUGACUCGCAUAUUUACAAUUUUACAGAAAUAUAUGCACAUUAAGUUAAAAAAGCUUGACAAUAGCAACAGCGCGAACCCGCAGGUAGCCUGGGAUAAUCUGGGCGGGCCACAUCUAUAUUUAUAUUAGACCAUUAAUACAUAAAUAAGAUUGUUAUGCAACUACUUAUAGAAGGAUCGGCUUAAACUGUAGAUACCUAAACCUAUAUCAUAUUAGGCUUAUAAAGCUGUCUAUCACACUAUAACAAGAAUUCCAACUCGAACUGUCGAUCAAAUGCCAAAGUAACUUGGUUUUCUCAUAUGAUCUAUUGUUCCAUGUUUCCGGCCAUUCACAAAAAUUUAAUGUGUCCAGCAUCCAGAUCCUGCUCACUGAGCAAGAAAUGAUCUUGUUACGAAAGCCUCAAAGCGCCGUGCAAGAUCAAGGAAUCGUGCGAGUUGAGAACGUUCCUUUGAUAAGCACAGCAAUGUGUUCCUGAUUAUCUUCCUCUUACCUUAUGGUUCCUUAUUUUCGCAGGAACUUAAUUUCGUGUAAAUGGAACAGCCAUAUUUCGUGGGACUUAAAUUUCGCAAUUUGCCAAAACAAAUACGUUAAUAGGAACUAUUUGUCACAAGAAUGACUUGUUUUAAUAUUGUACAAGUAUAUUAUAUUUGAGUUGAUGAUAACUUUAAUAACGGAGGCUCUGGACAAACAAUUCAUUCCACUGGUUGAUCUCUACUAAAAUUGUUUGAUUACAGCAACUACAGACCUUCAGGAAGUUUAAAACUGUUUCAUGGGGAGAAUUUUCGUUGAAGUUCUCGAUAAUGAAACUUAUGAUGCCACGUCCGGUCAGAAAUUUACUUCUGUUUUAAGGUCCCUUCGUUAAAAUCUGAUGAGUUAUGUACGUGCUCAAACGGGGUCAGCUAAAGAUCAGCGAAUGGAUAUUUUUGGGAAGGGACGAGCAUUGGAUUUAUUUCGCACUAAAAAUGCCGGCUUCCUCGCCGCCGGCUGAGGGGGAAAUCCCCCUAAAGUCCACGUCCAUUUGCUGGCUGUUUGCCAAUAAUGUGAUACGUAAGAAUGAAAAAUUGCUUAUUGUACGAUUGAAACUGAAAUUGGAAACCAACGGAUAUGUUUGUUUAUCUAUUUUUGCGUAGCUGGCAAAGCUGUAAUUUGUCCAGUAAACAUCGAAGAAGGAUUCUUGCCUGCCCAUUCCUCUCCCGGCUGCAACACUCCCAUAUUUUUGCCAGCAGGAUAAUUUACUUCCUUCUUUUUUCGAAUGUACCCUUUAGUUUGUUGUUUCCAAUUCUGCUAUCUGCUUCAGGGUCUCCUUGUGGUAUGGGGGAAGACGUUUUAUACUUCGAUCGGUCCAGUAGUAAAAGAAAAGUUAAGCCCUAUCAGAGCUUGACAGAAAACUCGAAAGCGAAUACACAGUGGUUUGAUCCUUCCACUGGUCGGCUAUGUGCGAUGCAAGCUAACCCCUCUAUGGUACCUGUGUCUAUGAACCAUAAACAAGGUUUUUUUGGAGGUGCACAUAGCUCAUCUUUAACUGAAACUCGCGGCCAAAGUUGUUCAUCAAAAGAGUUUGAAGACAAAGUGAAAUCAAAGAGACGACAUGGCGAAGGACCGAAUUAUUCGCCGACGAAAAUCGGGAGAAGUGUCACUGGUCUCAUAUAUUGUGGAAGGUAUUUUGGGGUACAAUCCCCUGGCCAUGAUGGGAACUGUGGACCAACCAAUGGCCCUAACUGCCCAGCCUGCAGAGUGCUAAAAAGUGAAAGAGUAGAGAAACUUCGGAGAAGAGGCAAAUUGCAGGGGUGGACUGGUGAGGUUUAUUGUGGCCGGUAUUUCGGUAUUCAAUCUGAAGGUCACGAUGGCUACUGUGGUCCAAAUAACGGCCCUUCUUGUCCAGAAUGUUACAAUGAGCUUUUACAUUCUUAAUGUAGUGUGAUCAGACUUAAGCUUUAUGUGAUCUAACUGACCCAUUUUCGUGUUUGGAGUGUUCUAAAAUGUAACUCUACUCUUGCACAUCCUUCACACCCUUUUUCUAGUGCGAAACCCAAGGUAAUGUUCACAAAAUUGGUGAAGCUCACUUGUGCACAUUCCAGGUUAAGUGUAUGUUGACAAUCACAACAUCUUGAACAAUGACGAGACUGUUUAUAUUUUAGUUCUAAUUUCUCAAGAUGUUUCGUCACAGGCAGUUAUGGUCAUGUGGGUUUUUCCAACUUCCAGGGCUGCAUUUGAUGCUGCAGAGUAGGUGGUGUGAGUUUUUUGUUAACCUAUCGUAGAAUAUAGUAGAAUAUAGUAAAGCUGAAUGGGAACUGGUGAGAAGAGGAGUCCCCUAGGGACGUGUCCUUGGUUCCAUAUUUUUCAACAUUCACAUCGAUGAUUUAUUAUGCCAUAUCAAGCAGGCAAACCUGAAUGCCUACGCUGUUCAUGAAGAGUUGUACUCGUGUUACAAGGACCUCGAAACACUAAACACACGGCUGGAACAUGAACAUGGAAUUGCUAACAGUUGGUACGAGUGAAAUGGCGUGAUUGUAAAUCCAGACAAGCACCAGGCAAUGGUGCUUGGCACGAACAGUAAUUACGAAUUCUCUUUUCCCGUUAAGAAUUCCAUUGAGUUAUUGGGUGUAACUGCUGACAAGGAUUUGAGCUUUAAUCGUCACAUCUCACAGAUAUGUGAGAAGGUUAACAAACAAUUCAGUGUUCUCAAGAGAUUUAAAAGUAUCAUUACCAGUAAUGUCAUGCUACGUUUAUACAAGGCUUUUAUCCUACCACACCUUCAAUAUUGCUGUCUUAUUUGGCAUUUUUCUGGCAGCGGAAAUUGUGACAAACUGGAGUCUUUGAACAAACGUAUUUUACGAUUUAUUUUUAAUGAUUUAUUGCCUGUCUAGUUAUGAUGAACUGUUAAAGAAAGCAAAGAUGGCAUCCUUAUACACUGGAAGACUUCACAAAAUUCUUAUGGUAGUUUUCAAGAGCUUAUUUGUUUCUACGUAUCCUGGAUAUCUAAAAGAACAAUUCGUUUUUCGCAACUCCAGUUUUUCAUUAAGAGGAAAGAAUAUUGUGGCUUCACCUAUACCAAGAACAACAAAUUAUGGACUUGAAUGCAUCCGAUAUCAAGCUGCAAAAAUUUGGAAUUAGCUCCCAUACAGUAUGAAAACAAUAACAUCAUUUAAAGAUUU